ACUUCCUUUCCCUCUAUAAAGGAUGACCAUAAUUCAAGAGAUCAGAACCAACAAACAGAAUUCCAAAACAUAGUAAAGCAAAAAACAUAGAACCAAAGUUGUGAGAUGGCAGAAGUAAAGUUGCUUGGUGUUUGGUAUAGCCCUUUUAGUCAUAGAGUUGAGUGGGCUCUACAGAUUAAGGGAGUGAAAUAUGAAUACAUAGAAGAAGAUCUACAAAAUAAGAGCUCUCUACUUCUUGAAUCUAAUCCCAUUGACAAAAAAAUCCCAGUGCUAAUUCACAAUGGCAAGGCCAUUUGUGAGUCAAUGGUAAUUGUUGAGUACAUUGAUGAGACCUUCGAAGGUCCUUCCAUCUUGCCUAAAGACCCUUAUGAACGAGCUAUAGCUCGUUUUUGGAUUAAAUUUUUUGAAGAUAAGGGGCAAGCAGUGGGGAAAACUUUCUUUCUCAAAGGAGAGGAUCAAGAGAAAGGUAAAGAGGAACUUUGUGAAAUGCUGAAAAUUCUUGAUAAUGAGCUCAAGGAUAAGAAGUUCUUUGUGGGUGACAAAUUUGGAUUUGCUGAUAUUGGUGCAAAUGUAUUGGGACUUUGGCUGGGAGUUUUUGAAGAAAUAACUGGAGUUGUUUUGGCAAAAAGAGAAAAAUAUCCAAAUUUUUGUCCAUGGAGAGAUGAAUAUAUUAACUGCACCCAAAACAAGAAAUAUUUACCUCCAAGAGAUGAGUUGCUUGACAAAUUCAAAAGUCGCUUCCAAGCUGCUCAAGCUGCAGCUGUUGCAUCUGCUGCCAAAUGAACACUUUAUUUCAUCAUUGAAGUUUCAAGUUUUUUUCUGCAAUAAAAAUAAAGGUGGAUUUUAGGGUGAGUUUUAUCGAUUUAAUUGAGUAAUUGUAUUGCCCUUGACUAUGUAUACAUAAAAAUAAUUAAAAUUAUAUGACAUUCACUCCGAAUCUACUGA